GGCAAUAUAAAAUACUCAAAGCGAUGGAUGAAACAUAAAAUAAAUUUGUUCCCUCAAAAACAAAAAACAAAAAAAUUAAACAGAAAAGGGCAAUUUGGGAAAUCAAAUAAUGCAGAGUGCUAGCAUUUCCCGGCUGUCCGGUGCGAGCCGAACCAAUUUGAAUUAUGUAAUGAAAAGAAAACAACUCCUCUCUCUCUCUCUCUCAUCGGCAUCGUGCACUGCUCCUUUCUUGACCAGUUGCCACUGUUUCUUCUUCGCCCCCUAAAAUAUUAUCAAAUGAAAUGUCGUCUUUUUUCUCCCUAAACAAAUCCAAAAUACCAGCGCAGUCUUGAUUCCUUCUUCCUCCCCACGUCCUUCCCACAUUUCUCUCUAUUCUCAUCCUCACUCUUUCGUUGUCUUUUUUUCUUUUUUAUUUCUAGAGAGAGAGAGAGAGUGUGUGUGUUUAUGCGUUUCUGAAGAAGAAGAAGAAGAAGAAGAAGAAGAAGAGGGAGAAAACAAUUAGUUAGUCAACAAUUUUUCAGCAAAUUACAUGGACGGAUUAGAUAAUAGGGUGGAUUUGUAAAGAAAGAGAUGGAAGGGGAAUCAUCAGGCUUAAUUAUCGGGCUGUCGAUUGGAGUGGUGAUCGGAGUGGUUUUGGCUAUAACUGCAUUUUUUUGCUUCAAGUAUCAAAGGAAGAGUACCCAAAUAGGGAAUAGCAGUUCUAGGAGGAAUGCAACCAUACCUAUACGUACAAAUGGGGUUGAUUCUUGUACAAUAUUAUCGGAUUCAUCGCUUGGCACUGAAUCGCCAAAGUCGGUGAUGCAGACUAGUUUGCCGUUGUGGCUUAGGGGGCUUAAGAAGGUGAAUUUAGUUUCUGCAUCAGGCAUACUGGAGUAUUCCUACAAGGAUCUUCAGAAAGCAACCUGUAAUUUUACCACUUUGAUUGGUAAAGGGGCGUAUGGUCCAGUUUACAAAGCUCAGAUGUCUUCUGAAGAGACUGUUGCUGUUAAAGUGUUGGCCACUGAUUCGAAGCAGGGUGAGAAAGAGUUCCAAACAGAGGUUAUGCUGUUAGGAAGGUUACAUCACAGGAACCUUGUGAAUUUGGUUGGAUACUGUGCAGAGAAAAACCAACAUAUGCUUAUUUACGUAUAUAUGAGCAGAGGAAGUUUGGCUUCUCAUUUAUACAAUGAGAUACUUGAGCCUUUGAGUUGGGAAUUGAGGCUUCAAAUAGCCCUCGACGUGGCUAGGGGCUUGGAGUAUCUUCAUGAUGGAGCAGUUCCAUCUGUGAUACAUCGCGACAUCAAAUCCUCAAAUAUUUUGUUGGAUCAUUCCAUGAGAGCCAGGGUGGCAGACUUUGGACUUUCAAGGGAAGAGAUGGUUAGCAAGAAAGUCUCUAAUAUUCAAGGGACUUUUGGUUAUCUUGAUCCUGAAUACAUAUCAACCCGGUCAUUUACGAAAAAAAGUGAUGUUUACAGCUAUGGAGUGUUGCUCUUUGAACUUGUUGCGGCAAGAAAUCCCCUCCAGGGUCUUAUGGAGUAUGUUGAGCUGGCAGCCAUGAACACCGAUGGAAAAGUUGGAUGGGAGGAACUUGUGGAUCCUCGUCUUGAUGGGAGAGUUGAUGUUGAAGAAGUGAAUGAAGUGGCUGCCCUGGCACACAAAUGUGUCAAUCCUGCAGCUAGAAAGAGACCAAGCAUGAGGGACAUUGUUCAGGAGCUCUCAAAGAUUCAUAAAUCCAGGCGGCUUCAGAAAGAUUCCUCGACACCCAGAGCAGAUUCUGUGAUUGUCAACAUGGACCAACUAGAACGUCGCAACCCAACUUCUCAACACCGAAGAGUAGAAUCACUCGACAGCACGACUGACUCCCUUGAUGUUUAAACGCCACAUGUUUUCUUUUAUUCUUUCUUUUUGAAUUUGGGUUUUGAUCACAACACAAUCCUUAGCUUUUGCUCGAGCAGCUGGAGCUGCUUCAGAUAGGCCGUAGGAUAUAACUCCACUUCUGUUUUUUUUUUUUUGCUUCCUGUGUAUUAAGUAGGCACAUUUCCAAUUUGUUCUUUUAUUUUCCUUUUCCUUUUUUACGGCUCCAGUUUUGUAUAUGGACACUGGAAUUUUGAUCGAAUGAAAGCAACCCAUGUUGUAUGUA